CUACCAUCAGCACUAAUUACAUGCCUACUCCUCCUCCUCCUCCUCCUCCUCACACAUCAGUCUGUAGUUCCUCCACUACCACCACCACCGCCACCACCACCAUCUUUGUCUCACUUUCAUCACUUUCCUCUCUAAUGUCGGCAAAUAUGAAGUAUUCAAAUAAAAUUAAGAUGGAAGCAGACCCUGGGAAAUCAGAAGUUGAUUUUUCAGAAUACAUGUGGAUGGGAGAGGAAGGUGUAGAGAACUUUGAUCGGCAGGUCGAGAAAGAAAUCCUUGAAGAAAUCUUGAAGGAAGGGCACUGGUGGCUCUUCUCAUCAGGGUCUCAGCUAAAAUCUGAAUUGAAUACAACAGAUCAGCUAACUUCUCUACCCAUCACAGAAGAGCAGUUGGAAUGGAAUCGCCUGCAAGAAGCCUAUGAAGAAAUGUUAAAUGAGAAGCAACAACCCAGUUCAUUAUCAAACAGUUGUCUUACAGAAAGAUUCAAUGACAUUCAUUUAUCGACUCCACUCACAAAAGAACAGAUUGCAAAUAGUCGGCUAAAUCCAAAUGCUCCAGAGUUUAUUCCUUCCACUGGCUUUUAGCAUAAGCUGAUGUCCGUUUAACCUGUUCUCCAUAUUACUUUUGGCAGCUUUGUAACUUGGGGUUGAUGUUUGGAUGUUUUAACAAAUAUGGUCUGAAAGACAAAGAAGAAAAACGCCAAAACAGUGAACUGUAUUUGGUUGAUUUUGUUUCCAGCAACAAAAAGGCAACUAGUUGGAAUUGAUUUACAAAAGGAAUAAAACAAGAUGGGUGGGUGGGUGGGUGUGUUUGUAGUUUUGGGGUAGAUUUUAGACAUCAAUGAAAUAAUCCAGUUUCAACCCUGCCACUUCAUAUCAAUAUAUUGAAUUUAUUUUGCAAUUGAUGGAGACUUUAUUUUCAUUCUUUUUUUUUAACUGUUUUAGUAAAAUAUUCUUUGACUUACACACACAAACACACACUCACACAUAUUCAAAAUAGAAGCAAAGUAAGAUAAGAGGAUGAUAUUUCCAAAAUUGCUGUAUAUUUUUGUUUCCAGUUUUCCACUUCCAAUUACUCCAUUUUUGGAAUAAAGUUUCCUUAACUUUACAUUAUAUACAUAGAGUAGAAAGUUUACAUCUAUGUAUGUAUGAAUAUAUAUAUAUAUAUAUAUAUAUAUAUAUAUAUAUGUUUCACUCUCUGUUUAAUCACUGCCAUUUAUUCACUACUGUAGAUGUAAUCAAAAGUUCUCUUUAAGAAGAAAAAAAUCUUAUAACUCUAAUCUUUCUUUAAUAUCUUGUUAGAAACUAUUUUUUUCCGAGAAAAUGAAAAUGCAACUCAUGACUUAGCAUUUUUUUCACUUUAUUUUAGUUCUUAUAUUCUGUUCUCUCUCUCUCUCUCCCUCCUCUCUCUCUCUCUCUCUCUCUCUCUCUCACACAGUACUGCACAGGUAUCCAUGGCAUAUUGUGGCUGCAGAAAGAGGCUGAUCUGCACAUUAUAAGCUACUUUGCAUGUCAUUUUAUAAAAACAGGAAAAUAUGAAAUAAAUAUAGUUUUAAAAGUGUUGUGUAAGUAUGUGGGUGGAAUAUUUAGUAUGCUGAACUUUUUAUAAGAUUAACUGCAGCAUUAUUUUAUAAAUUAAAUGCAGUUUAUUUAAAUUUAGUUUGUAAAAAUUGUGCCUAAAAAUGUAAACCAAUAUAGUAGCAUGUUCUGGUUAUUUAUGUCCCAAACAUGUCAUUUCAUUCAAAUUGCAGAUAUUCUAAUAUUCUUAUAAAGAAUAAGAGCUUUUUUUUUAUGGAUCUCCUUGAUCUUUUGUUUUGGCAGGAUGGUUGCUAAUGUUUUGACCUAUUUAAAGUUAAAUAAUUCGGCAUCAUUUUUACAUCACUUCUGUUCUCAUAUUAAUUGUAGCAAACCUAAUAAAGUUUAUAUUUUCCUUUGGUUUUUAUCCUAAAGCCUAAAAUUUGUUUUUUCUAUUUCUUACAAACUUUAAAUUUAGCAUUUAUCAAAGUAUUUUGUUUGCUUUUUUCCUAUUUCUUUUCAUACAAAUAUGAUAACCUUCUGGGUCACUUUUAAAAUGUUUCAUAUUGGAAGUUGGUGAUAAUUUUCCAGAAAUGGUUGAAUGACAAGGUACCUGUUCCUGGUUUACAUUUUGUGUCUUGCUUCAGCUCUCUAUGUAUCAAGUUCAAUUCCUGCCAGUUAACUUUAUCUUUCCUCCCUCCAUGUUUUCAUAAAUAACAAUCAGUAAUACACUUGGGGUGAUUCACUCAAAUCUUCACUUAUGAAACCUGGCUCAGGAUCUCAAAAGUAAUCAUUAGCAUUGUCAGAGAAAACUCCAUUUAGUUCUUAAAUAGUUGUAUUGAAUUCCAGUAAUUUUUCAGUGGAGCAAGCAAUACAUUCCAUUUUGAUUAAAAUUUUCCAUUUUCUUUGAUGUUAGGAAGGGCAUCCAGUUGUAGAAACUCUGCCAAAUCAGAUUGGAGCCUGGUGCAGCCUUCUGGCUUGCCAGCCCUCAGUCAAACCGUCCAACCCAUGCCAGCAUGGAAAGUGGACGUUAAACAACGAUGAUAAUGUUGAUGUUUCCACUUUCGUAUUAUCUCAGAUUUUAACUUCCUAAAACAACCAACUAUAAUGUAGUAAAAUACCUUUUUUUAAAAUUUCAGGUUAGACUGUCGAUAUGUUGUAUAAGAUUUUUUUGUGUGUGAACCAUAAUUUACAUUAAAAAAAAAAAUUCCUGACACCAUUAAUUGAUAAUAAUAUUGUGUUAACAAAUUCAAUGAUUAAUGUACAAUAAUGGGAAAUGUUUGUACAUGUAAGACCAGAUUGUAAUAUAGAUUUUAGUUUGCAUGUUUUCUAAUGAAAUAUACUGGCUGUCUUUCAGUUAUUUGAAAAUAAGUUGGAAGCAUUUAGUCUAAUAACUAACUCCAUUCAGCCUUACCUUUCAUCCUGCCAGAGACGAGUACCAGUCAAAUUCUGGAUUCGUCCAAUUUAAAUCCUUCCUCCAAAUUUCUGACCUUCUACCUAAAUUAGAAACAUUAUAUAGAACAUGACAGCUUCAUACUUGGCAUAGGAUGGAAAGGUUUUCAGUUAGAUUUUCUCAUUUCAAAAUGGAUAGUUUUGAUAAUUUUGAACCAAAGAAUUGGAUGUGAUCUCAGAUGUGUUAGUGCUUAUGACGAGUUAUUUUAAGGGACCAGUACUCAAUAGUUAGGGGAUUGUGAAAAUAAAAACUAAUUUCAAGUUCUUGUCUUCCUUUUUAUAACAGAUUAUUCAUCUAAAUUUUUUCUUAAAAAUAUCAAAUUUAAUUAGUGGAAUGUUUUUUUUUUCCCUUCUCUCAGCUCUCACCUUAUUCUGCUCUACUUCAAAAUGUAAACCUACAUUUUUUUUUCCUGUUUCAUAAGAAAGAAAUUGUUUUUGUCCAUUUGCAGAAUUGUCCAGUUUUCUGUCCUCUCAUAAAAUGUUCAGCUCCCCAUCUUUUUUUUUUCCACUUUAGCCCUUAUUUUUAAAAAUAUUUAGAAAAUUUUGUAAUUUGACUGUAGGUUGGGUUUAUUUUUCAUCCCAUUGAUAUUGAUCUCAAUCACAAAUAUUUUCAAAACCACUGCCAAUUACACUGUUUAUGUUAUUAGGAAUUGUGUUGAUCUCAAAUCUUGUUGCAUUUAACUGCUGUUUACUUGAGCAGUUUAGAACAUCUUGUUGCAAAUAAAUGCUCUCUGCCGUAGGAUUUUGAUUCCAAUGCAGAGUAGCUGCACUUAAAAUACCUUUAGAAAAGGUAUGAACUCCACAACAUAUAUCUAUUCAUAACUACAUAAUUUUAACUUAGUUUGUAAAAAGACAAAAACAUCAAAUGAGAGAACUUUAAGUAUUCUGUUGAUGAUUCCAAUUUGAAUCUAGGAGACACUUUUCAGAUAGAUUUAUAUUUUUAAAAAAAUGUUUGUGUAGUAGCUAAAGGUGAUUUACUGAUCUUCCUACAUUUACUUUUAAAUUUAAUAAAUUUUGUUAAUUUGGUUUAUAACAAGGCGCAGUGAACUAACAGAAAUGAUAGCGCUAGUUUCUGUAAACUUAGAUCUUAAAGAGUGGGACUGAAGUAUAUCUCCCUGUAAUAUUGGUGGAGAUUCAUCUUUAACAAAACAAACAAACAAGGUCUUAUGCCUAAUCCAAAAAGUAAUCUAUUGAUCAAGACAGGUGAGUGCCUGAAAGAAUGAACAAAGCUGUUGGCAAGUUGAGAAUCAUUUUGAUGCUUGAAACUAAUUGACUGAAAUGACUUUUCAAUUUUUGAGAAACUCCACACAAUACCAUUUCCAUACUUUAAUGUGUAGACUUGUGCCUAAAAAAAUAAAUAUAUUAACUGGCAAUAAUUUCUUUUAAUACUAAAGUUAUU